AAUCUCAAGGCCACUGACUGCUCAAGGUCAAGUCAAUUCUACCGGUAAGGAAGCAAACGUUUGCAGACAGUUGUAGAAUGGCUAAGUACACCUUAGUCUGUGUGCGUCACGGAGAGAGUGAAUGGAACCAGAAAAAUCUUUUCUGUGGCUGGCAUGACGCCGAUUUAUCGACCACGGGAGUUGAAGAAGCCAAAAAUGCCGGAAAGAUGUUGAAAGAAAAGGGUUACCAGUUUGAUAUUGCAUACACCAGUUUGCUGAAGCGAGCCAUCAAGACUCUGUACAUGGUGCAAGAGGAACUAGACCUGCAUUGGAUUCCGGUCAUUCGGCACUGGCGACUUAAUGAGAGACAUUACGGAGCCCUCCAGGGUUUAAACAAAUCAGAGACCGCUGCUAAAUAUGGGGAGGCACAAGUCAAGAUCUGGCGUCGAUCCUAUGACACGCCCCCACCAGCUCUGGAGCCCACAGAUCCAAGAUGGUCAGCAAACGACAGACGUUACGGUCAAUUUGAUGCCAGUGUGGUGCCAGCCUGUGAAUGUUUGAAGGAUACAGUAGCAAGGGUACUGCCAUAUUGGCAUGACAUCAUUGUCCCAACAAUCAAAUCUGGCCAGAGAGUGCUGAUUUCCGCCCACGGUAACAGUCUGAGGGCGCUCGUCAAGUACCUAAAGAACAUCCCAGACGCUGAAAUUCCCGAGCUUAAUAUUCCAACAGGCAUCCCCUUGGUGAUUGAAAUGGAUGAGAACAUGAAGUACGUGAAAGACUAUUACCUUGCCGAUGAAGCAGAGGUCAAGGCUGCUAUGGAGAGAGUAGCCAAUCAGGGAAAAGCUAAAUAAAUACACAACACUCAUCUCUGAUAGCCCUACAGACACAUGAGUGCUUGACUGACAGUGUAGAUAAUAGAAUCCUGCUUGUUUUUUGGUUUUUUUUAAUGUGCUAUUUCACAAACUUUCAAUUGCUGAAAUAACAUAUUUAUUAUUAGAAAGUGCAUAAUGUUGUUAUAUUUAUACCACAUUUACCAUCUGAUUUUAAUUCUUGUGUAUGUGUCAACAGAAUUUUAGUUAUUUUUGAAAGUUCCCUGUGCCAUAGUGCAUACUAAAAGUUUACACGUAUAUUCAAGGUUCUGUUUGAUGUACAGCCAUUACAAUUUCAGAAGUACUAACUACAUGACUUGUAAUAGAUACAAAAUGAUAUAAACUCGUUGUUAAUGACUUGUUAGGUUUGUUUUUCCUGUGAGAUGUUGAAGCUUAUAUUGAAUAAACCUGAACAAAAUGAU